UGCGGAUAAUUGCGGCCCGCACUCGGAACCCCGCCACUUCCAUACCAGUCCGUGCAUUAGACAGCAAUUGCACCAUCGCCAACAGCUUCAGCUUACGAACCAAUCUCUCCAUCCUACAUUUCCUGAUCCUCCACAUCUGUCUCGCCUCAACUCCCCUUGCUCAAAGACAACUCGAUACUCUUUCGAAACUCCUUGAAUAGAACGCAAACAAACAACUCAACAACCCUCAACCAGCAACUCUCAACUCUCAACUCUCAACCCUCCACCAAAUAAACGCAUCACCACCACCAAAAAUGACUGGCACCAUCCACCACAUCGAAUCCGUGGAGCAGCUCGACGCCCUCCUCGCCUCCACCACCUACGUCGCCGUCGACUUCUACGCCGACUGGUGCCCGCCCUGCAAGGCCAUUGCCCCCAUCUACCAGACCCUCGCCGACAAGCACUCCGUCGACAAGCACCUCGCCUUUGCAAAGGUCAACGUCGACCACGUCCAGGACGUCGCCGCCCGCUACGGCAUCACCGCCAUGCCCACCUUCCUCUUCUUUAAGGAGGGCCAGCAGGUCGCCGUCAACGGCAAGCCCAUGAUCCAGGGCGCCGAUCCCAAGAGCCUGGGUGCUGCCGUCGAGAAGCUGAGCGGACUGGCGCAGAAGAGGGUCGAGGAGGCCAACGCUGCGUCUGCUUAAGCGACAACAGUUUCUGGGUGGACGAUAAGCCAUCUC